AUGGCUUAUGAACAGAAUCAUAUCAACAAGUACAACAAAGAGGAUAAAAAGAAGACAGUGACAUUCACAGCUGAGACAUUUGAAGUUGAAGAAGAUGUUGAUGAAAAUGAAGUUGCUGAUGAAUUACAAAAAGUUAUUGAUGAGUACAAUAAGAUUGCACAAGAAAAGAAAGAUUGGCAGAUUCUUCUAGAAGCAAGUCAGAUUGAAGUUGACUUACUAACAGAAGAACUGAAGGACGUAAAAAUGCAGCUAAAUAGUGUCAGGAAAUCUUCUAGUCAUUGUUCUGUUAGAUCUAACAGAUCUAUUCUCAACAGGAGAAGAUCUCCAAAUCAAAGUUCCAACAUAUCAAAUAGAUCUAUAUUAAAUUCUCACUCUCCUGAUAAUUCUGAGCAAUCUAAGAAAACCUACAGAAAAGGAAUGUGGGUGCUUGACAGUGGAUGCUCCAGAUACAUGUGCGGAAAGAAAGAAAACUUCAAAACUAUAAAAAAGAUCGAUGGAGGAUGUGUUAGAUUUGGAGACAAUGCUAAAGGGGAAUUACAAGUGAUCCUUGGCUAUGGCAUCGAAAACUUGGACACGCGAUUGGGUAAGCAGACUCGUUCAUCCUUGAAAGAUAUUGUAAGUACCUCUAAACCUCUUCAGCUUCUUUACAUGGAUCUGUUUGGUCCUACUCGAACUGCCAGCAUUGGCGGUAAACGAUAUGCUUUUGUAAUUGUUGAUGACUUUACAUGGAAUAAUCUCGGUAAGUUCGAUCCCAGAAGCAAUGAAGGUAUUUUCUUGGGAUAUGCACCUAUUAGUAAAGCUUUUCGAGUUUUUAAUAAAAGAACUUUAAAUGUUAAAGAAUCUGUUCAUGUAGUAUUUGAUGAUACUAACCCAAGAGUUCAAGAAAGUAAAGUUGGUGAUGAUGAAGUUAUUGAUAUCCAACAAACUGAAGAUAUUUCACAGGUCUCUUCUGUCCAAUCAACAGAAGAUAUCGCAAAGGCCACUCUUGAACCUAACACUGACAAGUCAGCUACUACAGAGAUGGAGUCGACUACACCAGUCGAUAAGGCCAACAUUGCUAGAGAAUGGAGACAUAAUGCAAACUAUCUUGAGAACUACAUUCUUGGGAAACCUAAUGACAAAAUGCAAACAAGGUCGUCACUCAGAGAACAAGCCUCAGUGGCUCUUAUAUCUCAAAAUGGAACCAAAACGAAUAAAUGA